UUUAGGGUUUAUAGUUUUCCGUGAGUGGAUGGCUGGAACAUUCAUGGCGCACAAUGCCGCGCUCGCUGUGGCGUCUCCUUCGAGCUCGCAGAGCUCGUUCUGGGGGCGCAAUCAGGAUUGCGGUCGGAUUUCAACUGCGAAAUCAUCGACGAGCCAGGGGAGAGGAUUCAGCUUACAAGUCAAUGCAUCCUCACGGGUGGACAAAUUCUCAAAGAAGGAUGUGAUUGUCUCACCAUCGAUCCUUUCUGCGAAUUUCUCGAAGCUGGGAGAACAGGUUAAAGCAGUGGAAGCAGCAGGAUGUGAUUGGAUCCAUGUAGAUGUCAUGGAUGGAAGGUUUGUUCCAAACAUAACAAUCGGCCCUCUGGUUGUGGAUUCCUUGAGACCUGUCACUGAUCUUCCUCUCGACGUGCACUUGAUGAUCGUGGAGCCCGAGCAAAGAGUUCCCGAUUUCGCGAAAGCGGGUGCUGAUAUCAUCAGUGUCCACUGUGAGAAUGCUUCCACUAUCCAUUUACAUCGUACCAUCAAUCAAAUUAAAGAUCUCGGCUGUAAAGCUGGUGUUGUUUUAAACCCGGCCACGCCAUUGGGAGCCAUCGAGUACGUGCUUGAAGUUGUGGACUUGGUGCUGAUCAUGUCAGUAAAUCCCGGUUUUGGAGGACAGAGCUUCAUCGAGAGCCAAGUAAAGAAGAUCUCUGACUUGAAGAGGUUGUGCGCUGAGAAGGGAGUAAACCCGUGGAUCGAGGUUGAUGGUGGAGUAACUCCCUCAAAUGCUUACAAGGUGAUUGAAGCUGGUGCGAAUGCCGUUGUAGCAGGAUCAGCAGUUUUUGGUGCCAAGAGCUACUCAGAAGCGAUCAAAGGCAUCAAAACAAGCAAAAAGCCGGUGGCAGUUGCCGCUUGAGCUGCCGAGAAAAUGGAGAAUUUUGUUCCGGUCGUUCUCCAUGCAUCGAUGGCUACCGCGCUACAGGAAAUAAUAAUAAUGUGGUGGUGGCUUAAGGUUUGUAGAUAUAUCAUAACGUUGUAAUCCAAGGUGUAUGUAAGGUAUCAUCAAAAUCUCACAAGAACCUCGCAAAUGGCUCUAUCUUUUAAAAGAACUA